AUGCAACGGGGGUGGUGGCUCGUCAGAUGGCUGGGGACAGGAAUGGCAAUCCUCUCUUUGCUAACCCACAGCUGGGGCCAGGACACAGAAGAGUGUAAGCUGUCCAGACCAGGGCCCCCUGCAACCAUAGUGACCAUUGAUGAGGAGAGUCCCAAUGGUACAGUUUUAGUGGAAAACAUGCAGAUAAAUGGCCGUGCCCAAGACCCAGGCAGAACAAUAUCACUGACGUUGCUGGACAACUAUGACUACUGGGUGAUACUGGAACCAGCACGACAGAGACUCUACCUAAACAGCACUGGACGCGUCCUGGACAGAGAUCCCCCGAACUACAUCACCACAAUUGUAGUGCAGGUCCAGUGCACCAAUGAGCUGGUUGGCACUGUCAUUUUCCAUGAAGUACGGAUUGUUGUGAGGGACAUGAAUGACAACACCCCUCGCUUUCAGCAGCCUCGUUACUAUGUUGCAGUAAACGAGCUCACACCAGUUGGAACGACCAUUUUCACUGGCUUCUCAGGAAAUAAUGGCGCUACGGACAUUGACGAUGGACCCAAUGGACAUAUAGAAUACAGCAUCCUUUACAACCCCAAUGACCCGGCCUCUAACAGAACAGUGAGUGUCGCAAACACCCUUUCAGGACACAUUACUCUGGCGGAGAGGCUAAACUAUGAGGAAAGAACUCGCUACCUGGUUUUGGUCCAAGCCAAUGACCGUGCUCCAUACCCCCCCAACAGGCGAACAGCUACCACAACUCUGACUGUGGACGUUCUGGAUGGAGACGACCUGGGCCCCAUGUUCCUGCCUUGUGUUUUGGUGAACAACACCCGUGACUGCAAUCCCCUCACCUACAGUGUUGCUAUCCCUGAAUUCACUGAACCGAGCAAACUGAACCCACUGAAUGUGACCCCUCCAAUCCGGGCCGUGGACAUGGACAGAAACAUACAGCCGCCAUCAGACAGGCCUGGCAUUCUUUACUACAUCCUGGUUGGUCAUCCAGUCACAUACUCAAAGUAUUUCACCCUGAACAGAACCACUGCAGAGCUGCGUGUUCUGCAGCCUAUUAGCAGGGACUUGUAUCAAAGGUUCACGCUCAUCAUCAAGGCUGAGCAGGACAACGGUCACCCCCUCCCAGCAUAUGCUGACCUCAUUAUCGAGAUCCUGGAUGAGAACAACCAGGCACCAUAUUUCCAGUUUGCCACCUAUCAGGGCUACGUGAGUGAGUCCUCCCCAGUGGGUACGACUAUCUCAGUCAGCGCCAACCUUACUGCCCCCCUGGGAAUCAUCGCUUUGGAUAAUGACAUUGAGGAGACGAAAGACCCCAUGGUGAAGAUUACCUUGGAUGACUACACUACGAUCUUCAGCCUGACCCCAACUGGGAUAAUACGCUACCUGAAGCUCCUCAAUCCUGUGGAUCGGGAGAAGCAGAUGGCUUAUACUUUCACGAUGGUGGCAUCAGAUGGCGUCCAGCAGAGUAGCCCAGUAACUGUCAACAUACUUGUCAUUGAUGCCAAUGACAAUACACCCACGUUUGCAAAGGUCUCCUACAGCGUUGAAGUCUUCACAGACAUGCAGCCAGGAGAGACGGUACUACAGUUAACAGCAGCAGAUGCUGAUGAGGGACUGAAUGGUCUGGUGACCUAUGAGAUACUGGCUGGGGCCCAAGGACACUUUGUCAUUAGUAAUCGCACUGGACGCAUCACAGUGGCGCCUGGUGUCACUUUAACCGUGGGACGAUCUUAUGCACUGACUGUCAAGGCAUCUGACAAUGCACCAGAGAUCCAGAGAAGGAGCUCCAUCACUACAGUGUACAUUGAGGUUUUGCCACCCAACAACCAGAGUCCCCCACGGUUCCCUCUCCUCACCUAUGGCCUGGAAAUCAGUGAGGCCAUGAGGAUAGGAGCUAUUCUGCUCAAUCUGCAGGCCACAGACAGAGAAAACGACCCGAUCACGUACCGCAUUGUGAGUGGGGAUUCCCAGAAGGUCUUCAACCUCUCCGAAACGAUUGGCCUUCUACUUCUGGGAAAGCCUCUGGACAGAGAGACCACAGAUCAGUACCUUCUGAUUGUCACAGCCUCCGACGGCAACCCUGGAGGGACGUCCACUGCCACUGUGAACAUAGUCGUCACUGAUGUCAAUGAUAACGAUCCUAAGUUUGACCUCACCCUACCUACUAAUUUUACUGUCCAAGAAGAAGAGGCCAAUUUGUUUGUAGGACAAGUCAGGGCCACAGAUCCAGAUGCAGGGGCUAAUGGCCAGGUGCGCUACCGGAUUGUGAAUCAUCCGGACUUGUUUCUAAUCAGUGCUAACGGCAGCAUCUACACAAGAGUGCCCCUUGACCGGGAGCUUAGGGGCCAAUAUGACUUGGUGGUAGAGGCUUCAGAUGGGGCCGUGGAUCCACGGAGGACCACCUUGACCCUCUCUGUCCUGGUCACAGAUAUCAAUGACAACAGCCCAGUCUUCUCCCAGGAAACUUAUGUGGUGAAUGUACCUGAGAACAGCCCUGUGGGAACUUUGGUCCUGAAGCUAAGCGCGGUGGACUCAGACCUCUUCUCCAAUGUCACAUAUCGGAUCAAGACUGAAUCGGCCAGACAGCUGUUUUCUCUGAACCCUGUCACAGGGGAGUUAACUGUGCUGCAGACCCUGGACUUUGAGGACCUGGCAGCUAUGGGCAUGGGGGCCUCUCACACUUUCCAGGUGGAAGCUGUAGACCAAGGAGGAAUCAUGCCCCCAGGGCAAGCUACCGUCACAGUCCGCAUCACGGACAUGAAUGACUUCUCCCCCGUGUUUAUCCAAGACCUGUAUAGGGGCAUGGUGGCACCUAAUGCAGAGAAAGGAACAGUCAUCACAACUGUUUUUGCUGAGGACCAAGACCCUCCAGGUACUCCGGCUAGUUUUGUCCGCUACAGAGUGGACCUGGCCAGGUCACCUUACAGUGGGAGCAUCUUUGAUGUGGAAGAGGAAACUGGAAGAAUCAUCACUAAGGUCAACCUCAAUGAAGAGCCCAGUGUCACUUUUAAGUUGUUUGUGAUAGCCUAUGAUGAUGGGGAGCCAGUGAAGUCGAACAGUACUUUGGUGGAGAUCACUGUCCUCCAGCCUUCACGCAUCCCAAUCUUCACCCAAGAGGAGUACAGGUAUCCUCCAGUUAGUGAGCUGGCUCCAGUUCGCACACCAGUGGGGACUAUUCUAGCAGCUGCUAUCAAUCAAACCAUCUUCUACUCCAUUGUUGCAGGAAAUGAACUAGGUCAUUUUCAGGUGAACAACAGGACAGGCGUCAUCUCCACAGCUAAACCUCUGGAUUAUGAAAACGUGACCACCUACGUCCUCCGGGUCCAGGCAGACUCUAUGGUGGUUGUCAUGUCCAACCUACGUGUGCCUUCUAAAACUAACACAGCCAAGGUGUUCAUUGACGUGCAGGAUGAGAAUGACCACCCUCCCGUCUUCUCCAGGAUUCUCUACAUAGGUGGCGUAACAGAGGACACCAAGAUCUUCAGCUCUGUGCUCAAGAUAGUGGCCACUGAUAAGGACACUGGGAAUUACAGUAAGAUGGCAUACCGCCUGAUUAUCCCACCCACACCAGAGGGCAAGGACAGCUUCGUCAUCGAGACCUACACAGGUAUCAUCAAAUCGGCCAUGAUGUUCCGAAACAUGCGCAGGUCCUACUUCAAGUUUGAAGUAAUUGCCACAGACAACUAUGGAAAAGGUCUCAGCAGCAGUGCCCAAGUGGUGGUUUCUGUGGUCAACGCAUUGGAUAUGCAAGUUGUUGUGUCCACUGUCCCACCCACCUUAGUGGAGGAGAAAAGGGAGGAGCUCAUUAGUAUUCUGGAGCGCCACGUCCAGGACCAGAUCCCGGGUGCCAAGGUGAUUGUCGAGUCCAUCGGGCCACGUCGUCAUGGCGAUGGCUUUGAGCUAGAAGACUACAGCAAGUCGGACCUGAUGGUGUACGCUAUUGACCCGCUCACGAACAGAGCCAUUGCGCCCAAGGAGCUCUUCAAAUUUCUGGAUGGGAAUGUGCUGGAAAUCAACAAGGAGUUCCAGCCACACCUGGGCGAGGGUGGUCGCAUCCUCGAGAUUCGCUCUCCAGACAUUGUGGCCAGUGUAAAGAAGGCGGCCCAGGCGGUGGGCUACACAGAGGGAGCUCUCCUGGCCCUGGCCAUCAUCAUCAUCCUCUGCUGCAUCCCCGCAAUUCUCAUUGUGAUGGUCACCUACAAACAGUUCAAAGAGCGACAGGCAGAGUGUGCCAAAACUGCCAGGAUUCAGAUGGCUUUACCACCAGGAGGGAAAGCACCUCCAGCGGGUGCUCCCACUGCUAACCUCUAUGAAGAACUGGGCGACAGCAGCAUCAGGCGAGGCAGACAGGAACUCUCCAUGGAGUCAGGUAUCGAUCCAGGCCAGGACUACUACACGCAGGACUACUAUAAUUACGACCAAGGGUAUGACCUUCCUCAGUACGGCAGUCGGAGGAGGCUAAUUACUCCCAUGUAUGAUGAAUAUGGAGAGGUGAUCAUGGAGGAUGAUGGGUAUUACUACAGUCCUCAUGGCCCUGAGCCUGGGAAAAAGAAGCGGAUUAAGUUGGUGGUAGAUCGGGAGAAUGAGACCAGCUCCACAGGAGAGGAGAGCACCACAGAGACCCAGCGGAACAGGUUACCCAACAGCCACAGCAACAUCAACGGGAACAUCUACCUCGCACAGAAUGGCACUAUCGUCCGAACUAGGCGGCCACCCCACCCAAACAACUUGAAAAUAGGCUCUCCGUGCCGGCUCGGUAAGCAUUUUAAAAAACUUGACAAGUUGGGUGUGACUCAUGAAGAACCCCCUCCAAUUAUUAGCAUUGAGGGCACAGGAAACAACACAGAAAAUGGAACAGGUACAUGUGUUCCCUCUAAUGUGGACGUCAACCUCAACACUCGGUCCUCUUGUGGCUCCCUGGGAUCCACCAUCACAGAUCUUAGAAGUUUUGGGUCCAAAACCAAUAUUGCCAAGACUUUGAUUGACAGAAACAGCAGUGGCUCAUGUGUCAACGAGGAGCAAGAGACUUCUGUUGACAACCACAAGGACAGUAGGGAGACACUGGAGUCCCACAGUGACCACACAUUAUCAGACGAGGAGGAGUUAUGGAUGGGACCCUGGAACAGCCUGCACAUACCAAUGACAAAACUCUGACUGGCCAUGCAGAAAAUUAAUUUCCUUUUUGUUAUGUUCCAAUCUUUAUCAUGUUGCUUUUGUUUAGAAAAUGAUCAUAAAAAAAUGAUUGUGCCUCAACUGGAUAAGCUCUGAUCACUGUCCAUGACAGGUGAUUUAUUUAACCAUGAUAUGUUAAAGCUUACUUGUACCGAGAAUUUAUCACCGACAGGGCUAUUACAGUUGGGAACAUAGAGCUGCAAGGCAAUGAGUGCCUCAAAGAAAUAUGAAAUUUUAUGUGCACCGUGCUUGUCUGUAAUUUUAACUCUUUAUUCAACACAGAAGACGGGCCUCUUUUAUUGAGUGAUUCCAUGUUUUGCUUUCUUUUCUCAGCUUCAGUUUGUUUGUUUUUUAAUCUCGAAAACAGAUCACACAGAGAUUGUCAUUCAUUUCACUAUGAUGUUAAAAAUAUUUACAGAGAAAUCACAGUGAACAUAUGAAGAAAUUGUGAUUAUAUAGUCUAUGAUGAAGUAAAAGAAAUUUAUUUUGCUAAUAGCAUUUUACUUGCAAAUAAUUAAGAUUGUCAUUGAUUAUUUUAUGUUGUGAUCACUUGACAAUGUUUUUGAAAAUU